CCCUAAAUCUAUCAUAUAUGUUCAUCCUCGACGUCUAAAACCCUAGAAGCUCGAACCGCCGCAGCAGACGCCCCCCUCUCGUCCAGGUUUGAUUAAUUAGAGUGGAGAGAGUUGCUUUAGUGACCAAUGGCUCCUCCCGCUAAAGCUGCCACUGCCAAGAAGACUGAUCCCAAGGCACAGGCCUUGAAGGCUGCCAAGGCUGUGAAAUCGGGUGCUUCAUCCAUAAAAAAGAAAACAAAGAAGAUCCGAACAUCAGUUACAUUUCAUCGGCCGAAGACAUUGAAGAAGGAUAGGAGCCCUAAGUACCCUCGCAUUAGUGCACCACCAAGGAACAAGCUUGACCAUUAUCAGAUACUCAAAUAUCCCCUCACGACAGAGUCUGCAAUGAAGAAAAUUGAAGACAACAACACACUGGUUUUCAUUGUUGAUAUCCGUGCAGAUAAGAAGAAGAUAAAGGCUGCAGUGAAGAAAAUGUAUGACAUUCAGACAAAGAAAGUUAAUACCUUGAUCAGGCCUGAUGGGACUAAGAAGGCAUACGUGAGGUUGACACCAGAUUAUGAUGCACUGGAUGUGGCAAACAAGAUCGGCAUAAUCUAACUAUGUCCAUCUUUCCUUGCCUAUUUGUUGUGAUUCAUGAAAUCCUAGCCAUUUGAGAGCAGUUUUGUUGGAACCGCCUAGUAUACAGAUGGAAUUACAUUUCUAUUCUACACCUCUUAGGUUUUUUUGGUAAUCUCUCUUAGGUUUAUUUCUUUAUGUUAUUACUUUGUGUCACACAAUUUUUAUGAUCUUAGUAAGACUUGAGCAAGCCGGACACUCUUACUACGAUUUUCGGUUUGGACUUCGGUAUGCCGUAUGCCACCAUAUACCGUUUGCCAGCCCUAGGUGGGGAAUUCUGUUGAAGUGGUUACUUUGAUAGGUGUUCGAUCCGAUUUAGACUUUCAAGGCCCCAGAUGUCUCAUGUCAGUGGUAGGUAUUUGGUGAUAAACUAACUAAUAAACUCUAUUUAACA